AUGGGCAACGUUUGCUCGUGUUGUAACUGGGGUCGAGGAAAUUCGGACGCCAAAGAUGGUAAAUCGAAGAAGCUUAAGAAGGAUGUGUGGUUCGAGCAAGAUUCCGUACCUCUUGUGUCUGCUAGACACGAUCUCGAUGAUAUUGGGUCCGACGAAGCUGAUGGCAGCCUGAAGAGAAAAGUCUUGAUACGCUCACCGCGACCUACAAGCAUCUCACCUAAUGAUGAACUUUCCAGUCGAACAUCGCCUCACCUGCAACGAUACGAGCAAGAAGAGAGACAGCAUCGCACACACAGGGCCAAGGCGGCAUCAGUGGAUUCCAGCAGCUACUCUAGGAGAUCGCAUCGUGGCGGUGAAGAAGAACGCUCCAGAAGUCACAGUGGCCGUCGUCAUCGACAUUCAGGUCACGAGGAUAACAGCGACGACCGUGACCGGAGAAUUGCCAGGUCCACAUCACUCGAGGUACAGGAUAGCACUCAUGAGAUGCGGUCUCCGUCGUCAUCUUCGAUAAGAUCAACUCGAGUCGCCUCUUAUUCGCACGACGCUGCUUCUUUCGCCGAUGAUGAAGUGGAGAGUGUUGGUUCCUCUCACGGCUCGACCCGAUCGCAUCGGUCGUCGUCUGCUUCAUCAUCACCGAAAGCGUCCUCGAGAAGUGGUUCUCCGCACAAGAAGCAACGCUACGGGCGGAAACACUAUCGGGCGGACGUCAAACGUAAGUAG